AUGGAUCUCAUAUAUUUCUUGCUAUGGCAGGCAUUAAUCCUGCUGAAAAUUGUGAACCCUUCGUUUGAAAUUAACUACGAAUAUGUUUUUGAGGAUGAAGAUGUGUUUAGUAAGUGUCAAGAUAAGCCACCAGGAUUUUUAGAUGUGGAUAAAUUGUUCGAUUUGUCGCUUAUGCACUUUGAGAUGCAUCCAGAUGGCCUUCACAUAACGGGAAAUUUAACUACUUGGUGGGAUGUAGAGCCAACGGAUCGCAUUGAGGGCUCACUUAACAUUUUACAUUUGGACCGUGGAACUUGGCAGCCGACUAUUCUUAAUCUUAAAGUCCGCGAUUUCUGCAAAAUAUUUUACGACCCGAAACAAUUUUGGUACACUAGUUUUGCAAAAUAUAUUAUCAAUAAUGAAGAUGCUCUCACAAAAUGUUUUAACAACAAAGGAACGGUAUAUUACUUGGAGCCAUAUAUCAUGAAGGCAUAUGCUGGCACUGGCAUGACGAUGCCUUCUGGACGAAAUCGUAUGAUACUUACCCUGGUGGCGGUUGAUGAGAAUAAUGUCAAACGACCAAAUGGAAUUUGUACUGAGAUAAUGGGUGAAUUUGUUAAAGUUAAAUAA